GAUUCAGGUAUAUAUAUAGGCUGGAGGCUCUCUCAGUUAAGUUCACAAGCAAAGGACGGCUUCUUGGAACUUCCAAAACUUUAAAACCAUGAAACAUCUAUUACUGUUUCUAUUUUGCAUUUUUAUUGUUAAGUCCCAAGCUGCCACUGACUACGACGAGGAAGAAGAUGACAGAGUUAAGGUUCGUCUGGAUGCCCGCGGCCAUCGACCCUAUGACAGGAAUAGGGAAGAAGCUCCCAGCCUGAGACCUGUCUCCCCUCCCAUCAGCAAAGGUGGCUAUCAGCCUCGUCCACCCAAAGUAGCUGCCAGCCAGAGGAAAGUGGAGAGAAAACCCCCUGAUGCUGGAGGCUGUCUGCAUGCCGACCCCGACCUGGGCGUGCUGUGUCCUACAGGAUGUCAGUUGCAAGACACUUUGCUAAAACAGGAAAGACCCAUCAAAAACAGUGUAAAUGAGUUAAAUAGCAAUAUAGAGUCUGUUUCCCAGACCUCUUCUUCCACCUUUCAGUACAUGACUCUGCUAAGAAACAUGUGGAAAGAGAGGGAGAAGCGAGUAAAAGAUAAUGAAAACGUAGUAAAUGAGUACUCCUCAGAGCUGGAGAAGCACCAGUUAUACAUAGAUGAGACCGUGAAUAGUAACAUCCCAACAAACCUUCGUGUGCUCCGUUCAAUCCUGGAAAACUUGAGAAGCAAAAUACAAAAGUUAGAAUCGGAUGUCUCGGCGCAGAUGGAAUACUGCCGCACCCCAUGCACAGUCACCUGCAACAUUCCCGUGGUGUCUGGCAAAGAAUGUGAAGAAAUUAUCAGGAAUGGAGGUGAAACAUCUGAAAUGUAUCUCAUUCAGCCGGAAGGGGCUAUCAAACCGUAUAGAGUCUACUGUGAUAUGAAAACAGAAAGAGGAGGAUGGACAGUAAUUCAGAACCGUCAAGAUGGUAGUGUUGACUUUGGCAGGAAAUGGGAUCCAUACAGACAAGGAUUUGGAAAUAUUGCAACCAAUGCAGAUGGGAAAAAAUACUGUGGUGUGCCAGGUGAGUACUGGCUUGGGAAUGAAAAAAUUAGCCAGCUUACCAGAAUGGGACCCACAAAGCUUUUGAUUGAAAUGGAGGACUGGAAAGGAGACACGGUGAAGGCAAUCUAUGAAGGUUUCACUGUACAGAACGAGGCCAACAAAUACCAACUGUCAGUGAGCAACUACAAGGGAACAGCCGGCAAUGCCCUCUUAGAAGGGGCUUCUCAACUGGUGGGAGAAAACCGGACCAUGACCAUUCACAACAGCAUGUUCUUCAGCACAUACGACAGAGACAACGAUGGCUGGAAAACUACAGAUCCCAGAAAGCAGUGUUCUAAAGAGGAUGGUGGUGGAUGGUGGUAUAACAGAUGCCACGCAGCCAAUCCCAAUGGCAGAUACUACUGGGGUGGACAUUACAGCUGGGACAUGGCGAAACACGGCACAGACGAUGGAGUGGUGUGGAUGAACUGGAAGGGGUCCUGGUACUCAAUGAAGAAGAUGUCCAUGAAGAUCAGACCCUUCUUCCCAGAGCAAUAGUCCCCAAAAGUAGAUUUUUAUUCUGCCUUAUGUAACAACAUUUUUGUAUUCUCAUGUCAUCAGAAUUUUCAUUCAAACAUUAUAUCCCUCUAAAGCUAUAAAAAAAUUAGUAAAUGUGACUUUUUUGGGAAAAGUAUUUAGGAUAAAUGACAUUAAAAGCAGCCCAUGAUCUUCUUUCGUAUUCAUCAUUUAUACUGCGCACCAAGAAGUAACUAAAAGAAUAAUUGCAGAUAGUCAGUGUUCAUAAUUUCAAUUCCAUUGGAUUGUGAAAAGUUUUAAAUGAGGAAGAGGAAUUUUCUACCCUUGUGGGAAAACUGAGGUGGACUAAAAACUUGUGUUUGAAAGUCCACUUUGAACCUCUAUUUAUUUAUGUAAGAUCCGUCACAGAAAAUUCAACAGGAUUUAUUCAUUAAAUCGGUUUCUGUUACAAUAA